AUGUCUCGUGUGUUGAACACCACCGCGGUGGAACGACUCGACCGCCCAGCCAACGUACGAAUCUCGAGCGGCAACCGUCAGCCUCACGGGCUGAUGAAUCACGAUUUUCAAGUAGACAAGCCCCUCCUAAUCAAAGGAGGCUCAUACGAGUUGCAAUCCCUUAAGCCUCGACGCUCGUUGGGUAGCGCCAUGAAGGAAGAUGCGGACGUUCUCAGUAAAAAGGCGCCGAGGACCAUGCAGCUCGAUCCCAUGAAUUUCUCUAACGAGACCUGUACCCCUAAGGAGAACGGACAGGGGGCUUAG